CGUGCGUGGCUUCUUCUUCUUAGAACUCCCUGACCUCGAGGUUUUGAAUAGGGUUUAUGAAUUCAGAACUCCAACAGCAUCCAUAGCUUCAUUCCAAUGGCUACUGCAUUUCUUGUCCGAAGAACUUCGACGAAAUUCCUCUUCCAACCUCGCUUCCAUUCUUCUUCCUCUUCUUCAGCUUCUCCAUUUCUUCCAAACCUCUGUUCUUCUCUUUUCCGAGAUUCCAAUUUCUCUAAUCAUGCAAUCUCUGUCCCUUCAUACUCCAGAAGUUUCGUCUCAGCUCCUGAAAGUUCUCUUGCUACUGCUCUCGGUACUGAUACUCGUGUUCCCGCCACUGUGAUCACUGGCUUUCUCGGCUCUGGAAAGACGACUCUCCUCAAUCAUAUUUUGACAUCUCAACAUGGCAAGCGGAUUGCUGUCAUUGAAAAUGAGUUUGGUGAGGUGGAUAUUGAUGGAUCUUUGGUUGCCAGUCACUCCUCCGUAGCUGAAGACAUUGUUAUGGUUAAUAAUGGAUGCCUUUGCUGCACUGUGCGAGGUGAUCUAGUUAAGAUGCUCUUGGAGCUGGCCAAGAAUAAACGAGACAAGUUUGAUCAUAUUGUUAUUGAAACCACAGGCCUUGCUAAGCCAGCUCCUGUUAUAGAAACGUUUUGUACAGAUGAGCUGGUUUCACGUUAUGUCAAAUUAGAUGGAGUUGUAACUUUAGUUGACUCCAAGCAUGCCAUGCAACACUUGAAUGAAGUGAAACCAAGAUUUGUAGUGAAUGAGGCUGUAGAACAAGUUGCUUAUGCUGAUCGGAUUAUAAUGAACAAGAUUGAUCUUGUAAGUCCAGAUGAAUUGGAGGAACUGACACUGAAGAUUAAGCGAAUAAAUGCGAUGGCCCAACUCAAGCGUGCUAAGUUUGGAGAUGUUGAUGUUGACUUCGUAUUAGGAGUGGGUGGAUAUGAUCUUGACAGAAUUGAUUCUCAAGUUGAAGCUAACACCCACAAACAUGAAACUAAACAUGAGCACAAGGGACAUGAUCAUCACCAUCAUCACCAUGACCAUGUACAUGACUCUGCUGUGUCUAGUGUUAGUAUUGUUUCUGAGGGAUUACUUGACCUUGAUGAGGUUGACGAUUGGCUCGAACGAUUGAUCGAGGAGAAAGGAGAGGACUUGUAUAGAAUGAAAGGAGUGUUGAGUGUAAAGGGUUAUGAGCAGCGUUAUGUCUUUCAGGGAGUGCACUCUAUCUUGGAUGGCUGCCCAGGCAAAGAAUGGGGCCCCGAUGAAAAGAGGGUAAACAAGUUGGUAUUCAUAGGGAAGAAUUUGGACGAAACUGCCCUUAGAAAAGGCUUUAAAGGUUGUUUAAUGUGAGAAGAAGCUGGUACACCAUCAGGUUCUAAUUUGAGAGAGAGUACGGGGGCAGAGCGUACUAAGCCCUCGGCUUCUUGAUCUUCUCCUUCCUUUCACUCUUUUACUCUCCUGUAAAGACGAAAGUGCAAGAAAUGGGGAAACAUGGUGGGUGAGACAAUAGAAGAAGUACAAGUUGUGGAGAUGAUACUCGAAAAUCUGGUGGUAUAUUUUUUUUACAAUAUGAUGAUAUUUUCAAUCGUGAUCUUAUUCUUGAUAAGACUAAAGAAUU